CCUAGUCAGAGACACCAGUCAGUUCAGCAAACUAAAUAGCUCGUCAAAACUCUCCUCUCCUCCAAGAACCACGCUACAACUAAGAAAGAAAUUCCAUCAACACAUACCACGAAGGUCAGGAAACCUUUGAAAGCCUUUGGCCAUGAAGGACUGGCGCUGGAUACCAUUACAAAAAGCGAUUUAUCCCCUGUCCGACUCCCCCUCUGUGAAGAUGUCCCAGUCUUCUCCAGUGGAUGAAGGGACGACGUUUGAACAUCUCUGGAGCACACUGGAACCGGACAGCACCUAUUUUGAUCUCCCUCCAUCCAGCCAUUCAGGGGAAAGCGAGGUGUCUAACCAAGCAGAGGUCACCAUGGACGUCUUCCAGAUGAGGAGUAUGAAUGAGUCCGUCUUGUCCCAGUUUAACUUGCUGAACAGCAGCAUGGAUCAGAGCAUCGGCAGCCGCGCAACGUCCACCAGCCCUUACAGCUCCGAGCACCCCUCCAAUGUCCCAACGCAUUCUCCCUAUUCGCAGCCCAGCUCGACCUUUGACGCCAUGUCCCCCGCUCCCGUCAUCCCCUCCAACGCCGACUACCCCGGGCCCCACCACUUCGAGGUGACUUUCCAGCAAUCCAGCACCGCCAAGUCCGCCACUUGGACAUACUCCCCACUGCUGAAGAAGCUCUACUGUCAGAUCGCCAAGACCUGCCCCAUCCAGAUCAAAGUGGCCACGCCGCCCCCGCCGGGCACCGCCAUCCGGGCCAUGCCUGUCUACAAGAAGGCAGAGCACGUGACAGAGGUGGUGAAGCGCUGCCCCAACCACGAGCUGGGACGCGACUUUAACGAUGGCCAGGCCGCUCCGGCCAGCCACUUGAUCCGGGUGGAAGGCAACAAUCUCUCUCAGUACGUGGAUGACCCCGUCACCGGACGGCAGAGUGUGAUGGUGCCAUACGAGCCACCACAGGUUGGGACCGAGUUCACCACCAUCCUGUACAAUUUCAUGUGUAACAGCAGCUGCGUAGGAGGGAUGAACCGGCGACCCAUCCUCAUCAUUAUUACCCUGGAGACACGAGAUGGCCAAGUGUUGGGGAGGAGAUCCUUCGAAGGGCGGAUCUGCGCCUGUCCCGGCCGAGACCGGAAAGCCGACGAAGACCACUUCCGAGAGCAACAAGCCCUGAAUGAAAAUGCAGCUAAAAACGGCAACGUCAACAAGCGCACUUUCAAACAGAGCCCCCAGGGGAUUCCUGCCCUAGGGGCGGGCAUUAAGAAAAGGCGGCACGGGGAGGAGGAAAUGUAUUACGUCCCUGUUCGGGGCCGGGAGAACUUUGAGAUCCUGAUGAAGAUAAAGGAAAGUCUGGAGCUCGUGGAGUUAGUGCCGCAGCAGCUCGUUGAUUCCUAUCGGCAACAGCAGCAGCAGCUCCUGCAGAGGCAGAGUCACCUGCAGCCCCCUUCCUCCUAUGGACCAGUCCUCUCGCCAAUCAACAAAGUGCACGGAGGAGGGAUCAACAAACUGCCGUCUGUCAACCAGCUGGUGGGGCAGCCCCCGCAGCACAGCUCCAGCUCCGGGCCCAACCUAGGCCCCAUGGGACCUGGCAUGCUAAACAGUCACUCCAUGCAACCCAACGGAGACCUGAAUGGAGGCCACUCCUCGCAGUCUAUGGUCUCCGGCUCACACUGCACUCCGCCGCCGCCCUACAACCCGGACCCCAGCCUCGUCAGUUUUUUAACAGGCUUGGGGUGUCCAAACUGCAUCGACUAUUUCACCUCACAAGGGUUACAGAAUAUUUACCACCUGCAGAAUCUAACCAUAGAGGAUCUCGGAGCACUGAAGAUCCCAGAGCAGUACAGGAUGAUUAUCUGGAGAGGCCUUCAGGAACUCAAACAGAGCCAUGACUAUGGGGCGCAGCAGCUUAUCCGCUCCAGCAGCAACGCCUCCACCAUUUCCAUUGGCAGUUCUGGGGAGUUACAGCGGCAGCGCGUCAUGGAGGCGGUGCAUUUCCGCGUGCGCCACACCAUCACCAUCCCCAACCGCAGCGGGGCGGAUGAGUGGUCGGACUUUGGCUUUGACCUCCCAGACUGUAAAUCCCGCAAACAGUCCAUAAAGGAAGAGUUCACAGAGGGCGAGAUCAACUGAAGGUCUCCAGCAGUGCAGCAGCAAGAGACCAGAAUCAGAGAGUUAAAGGAACAGGGGGAAAUAGACACCCAGCAUGGAACAUGGCAAAACGUUUCCAGCUUUGAGUGUCAGGAGAAAGUAUUUUUUAACAUGGCUUUACUUAAGAGAUGGGAACUCAGAGCCGUGUGAGAGGCCGUGGGCAUGGGACCAUCCCAGGAGGAAAAUCCCAAUGGUUUUUUGUCAGGGGAGCAAGAGGAGGAAAACGGACAGCCCACACAAAACUUUCAACAAGCUGUAAAGAGUUUUUAGUUUCCUGAGGCAGAGGAAUAUUCACUUGCCAACGUACAGUGCUACUUUACAAUUUGCUGGACCAUUUUACAUCAAACUCUAAUGCUAUGUAAAGGCAACACACACAUACACACUCAUUAACUCUAACCUCCCCCACAUUCCACCCUAUCCUUGCUCAGUUUGCUAUCCGAUGGCCGAACAAUUAAGACCUUUGUCAUGUGAAAAGUGGUUUAAUCCUCAGUCAUUCAACUUUCUUUUGGGAUAUUUGCCAUUGACUAAUAUCCAAGAACAAAAGGAUUUGCUUUCCUGAUGGACUGCCAAAAAGUAUUUACUUCUUUUGUUUUUUUGUAGAGCAGAAAAGCAACUUAUUUGCUGAUUCCUGACUAUGUGCGUGUAUCGAAAUAUUUGUGUAUAUAGACACAUGCUGUAUAUACAGUAUAUUCACCGUGCUGUAAGGAUAGAGAGAUUUAUUUUCAUGUACCUGUAUGCUUUAAAAAUGUUGAUAAUUUCCCCUUAAAUUAACUCAUGCUCUAGCAUGUAAACUUGCAAAAAACUGAUUAUUUUCCA